UGUGGCGAUGACCUGCGGCAGGACAUGCUGACGCUGCAGAUGAUCCGCAUCAUGAACAAGAUCUGGGUGCAGGAGGGGCUGGACAUGCGCAUGGUCAUCUUCCGCUGCUUCUCCACUGGCCGUGGGCGAGGCAUGGUGGAGAUGAUCCCCAACGCCGAGACCCUGCGGAAGAUCCAGGUGGAGCACGGCGUGACCGGCUCCUUCAAGGACCGGCCGCUGGCGGACUGGCUGCAGAAACACAACCCCGAGGAGGAUGAGUACGAGAAGGCCGUGGAAAACUUCAUCUACUCCUGCGCCGGCUGCUGCGUGGCCACCUACGUGCUGGGCAUCUGCGACAGGCACAACGACAACAUCAUGCUCAAGACCACGGGCCACAUGUUCCACAUCGAUUUCGGACGGUUCCUGGGCCACGCCCAGAUGUUCGGCAACAUCAAGAGACGCCACGUGGGCUCGAUCCCUGGGCAAGGUCGGCGGCGAGGUGAAACUCUCCAUCUCCUACAAGAACAACAAGCUCUUCAUCAUGGUGAUGCACAUCCGAGGGCUGCCACCCCUGCAGGACGGCAACGACCCCGACCCCUACGUCAAGACCUACCUGCUGCCCGACCCCCAAAAAACCACCAAGAGGAAAACCAAAGUGGCGCGAAAAACCUGCAACCCCACCUACAACGAGAUGCUGGUGUACGACGGGAUCCCCCGGGGGGACCUGGAGCAGCGGGAGCUGCGGCUGAGCGUGCUGAGCGAGGAAGGAUUUUGGGAGAACAUCCUGCUGGGGGAGGUGGGCAUUCGCCUCCGCGACCUGGACCUGGCCCAGGAGAAGAUGGGCUGGUUCGCCCUGGGCUCCCGCGGCCACGGCACCCUCUGAGUCCCCAAAAGUGGCUUCUUUUUUUAAAGUUUACCUUGUGUCAAGGGAGCAAACGCGGGGAGGGUGGGGGCGGUUCGUGGGUUAUUUCUUCCUUUGGGAUAUGCGUAUUUUAAUUUUUUUUUAAUAACGAGUAGCGUGAGCACCGGGGCGGAGGGGAUGGGGAGGGUUGGGGGGGUGUGUGGACCCCUCCCCACCUCAGGAACUGGGCAAUUCCCACUGCGGGGAAUUCGCUCCCAAAGGAGAGCGGCGUGGCGAGUUGCCUGUCCCGUUGCUGUCCCCGUGCACUGGGGACAUCUGUGUCCUUCCCGCCUGCCACCCGGCCCCGGGUGCGGGCUUGGUGCCUGUGGUGCUUUGUUUACAGCGACAGCUCCGUAAACGGACGAAAUGUUUCUCAGGAUCGAGAAUAAUUAACUUUAACCUUUAUAUUAAAAGUUUUAAAUAUUGGA